GUAUCUCAAAUAUCAGCCUCUACUAGUUGUACAGUUCUCCCUUAUUUGAUAUCAGAGAGCCCGAUGGAGCCUUCUGAAGUACCUAGUCAGAUUAGCAAAGACAACUUUUUAGAAGUUCCUAAUUUAUCUGAUUCUCUUUGUGAAGAUGAAGAAGUUAAAAUUACCUUCAAACCUGGUUUCUCCCCUCAGCCAAGUCGACGAGGUUCUGAUUCUUCUGAAGACAUGUACCUGGACACCCCAACUUCAGGUACUAGAAGAGUUUCAUUUGCUGACAACUUUGGAUUCAACCUUGUGUCUGUUAAAGAAUUUGAUUCCUGGGACUUACCAGGCGUUUCAACUAAUUUUGAAUUAAGGAAGGAUACCGAAGAAUAUGUUUUGUCUCCACUAUUUGACUUGCCUUCAAAAGAAGAUCUUAUGCAACAACUUCAAGUACAGAAAGCGAUACUGGAGUCAGCCGAAUGUCUUCCUGGGUCUACAAGCCUGAAGGGUAUUAUUCGAGUUUUGAAUGUUUCUUUUGAGAAAUUAGUGUAUGUGAGAAUGUCCUUAGAUGACUGGCAGACACAUUAUGACAUUUUGGCAGAAUAUGUUCCUAAUUCAUGUGAUGGUGAAACUGACCAGUUCUCCUUUAAGAUUUCACUGGUUCCUCCUUAUCAACAAGAUGGCAGUAAAGUUGAAUUUUGUAUACGUUAUGAAACUUCUGUUGGUACAUUUUGGUCAAACAAUAAUGGCACAAAUUAUAUAUUGGUUUGUCAAAAGAAAGAACAAGAACCGGAGCCUAUAAAACCACGGGAAGAAGUUCCUAAUAGACAAAUAAAAGGCUGCUUAAAAGUAAAAUCAAGUAAAGAAGAAUCAUCAGCAACAUCAGAAGAGAGUGACUUUGAGAAUCCAAAGAUUACAGAUACUUAUAUCCCAACAAUCGUGUGUUCUCAUGAGGACAAGGAAGACUUGGAAGCCAGUAACCAAAAUGUAAAAGAUGUAAACAGGGAACAUGAUGAACAUAAUGAAGAAGAAUUAGAGUUGAUGAUAAACCAACGCUUAAUAAGAACUAGAAGCACUGCUUCCAGAGAUGAAAGGAAUACAUUUUCUACAGAUCCAGUCAAUUUUCCAAGUAAAGCUGAGGGAUUAGAGAAGAAGCAAAUCCAUGGCGAAAUACGCACUGACUUGUUCCAAAGGCCUUUGUCUCCAAGUUCAUCAGCAGAAAGCUCCUUAAAGGGAGAUUGUUACUGUGACAAAAAAUAUCUCCCAGGAAAUAAGUGUAGUCAUCAACUUCCUGAAGAGGAAAUUACUUCAGAUAUGGAAGAAAUCAAGCCAUCUUUGGGAUGUGCUGGUAGUGAUGAAUCAGUGCAAUUGCACAUCGGCUGCAGAGAAGUCCUGGACGAUGAGGCUACUGCAGCCCACAAAAGGGGCAGAGUGCACAUAUCUUGCCCCUCCUCAGAUCAGCUAAUAGCAGGCAACCUUAAUAAAAAACAGGAAGGAGGAGCUAGUAAAAUCGAAACAAAAGACUGGGAAUGUUUAAGAAGGGAUUUCCAUUCAGAUGUAUCUUCAUAUCUUGAAGAACCAACAGAAAAAGUAUCUUCCAAAGAAGAUUAUGGCAAUGGUAAGGAUGAUGAGGGACAAAAAAUACAUUUAGGUGUUAAUGAACAACAAAGCCAAAUUUGCCAAUCAAUCUCACAUGACCAAGGAAGGAAGAUGGGCCACCCUGAGGUAAGUGUGGAAGAGACUGGAACUAGUAACAGAGACCUAACUGCCCUGCUGAGCAAAGAUACCUCCAUUCCCGCCUGGGCAAUCACAGCAGAUACGUCUCAUUCACCAAGGACAAAUUUAAGUGGGGAAGAAGCUCUGUUCACUCCAGAGCAUGAUCAUUUGACUAGCGAAGGCAUCCCUUUAGGAGGAAUAACUAGUCAAGUUUAUUCACCAAGAAAUGGAAAUGUUUUGAAGAAUGAUUAUCUUUUCCAAGUUGAAGAAGAAAAAGCAGGUUGGAUUAAUCCUGAAGACCAGGAUAAAAACACACAGCAUAAACAAAGUUGGAAUGUUCUGGAAAGUCAGGGAAAAGCAAGAGAGAGUAAGACAAAUAAACCAGAGCAGAUCAAAGAACAAGCAGACUGUGAAGACCUGUGGGAAAAAAGAGAUCAUACGAGGAGUUUGAAAGCUCCUUCUACAGAAGAAUUGUUUACCUGCCAAGAAACAGUGUGCUGUGAACUGUCUUCUCUAGCUGAUGAUGAUAGUGCUGAGAGAGCAGAAGCAGGUACAGCUUAUAUAAUUAAGACAACAUCAGAAAGUACUCCAGAAAGCAUGUCUGCUAGAGAAAAAGCAAUAAUUGCUAAGCUACCCCAAGAGACAGCACGAAGUGACAGGCCCAUCGAGGUAAAGGAAACAGCGUUUGAUCCACAUGAAGGGAGAAAUGAUGCUUCACAUUAUACCCUUUGUCAACGAGAUACAGCCGGUGUAAUCUAUGACAAUGAUUUUGAAAAGGAAUCACGUUUACGUAUUUGUAAUGUACGUGUAGAUGAAAUAGAGAAGAAAAAAACCAUGUCUAUGUACAGUUCUGGGAAGACAUAUGACAGGGAGAAACAUGGCAUUGGAAAUAUAACAUCUGUACAAGAGUUCUCACAGGUCAUUACAAAAAAUCAAAAAGCAACUUCACAACCAAAUUUACAUUUGGGAAUAUUACCAACAGACGAAAAGAUGUUUCCAGAAAAUAGAGAUCAUGGGAAUGUCCAAGAAUUAUCAACGAAAAUGGACUUAGAUCCCAUUAUUCAUCCUGCUUUUAGCUCAGAUGCUAAUCGAGCUUCUCAGAGUGGCUGUCACAUUUCCACACACCAUCCUAAAGUGACAGGGCCAUCUUAUAAACAGCCACUUUCUGUAAGGAAUACAGUUACUACGACGACUUUCCGAUCUGUUUCUACUAAAUCUGAAAAUGAUUGUGACCCAACAAGAGAAGUCCAGGGUACUGAGAAGCACCCUCAUCCUGGGUCUAAACGUGGAGAAGUUUCCAAAAGUUCAGUAGUGACAUCAGGUAGUAGAAAAGAAAGAUGCGUAGGCCAGAUUUUCCAAUCAGGAGAAAGCAGUGUGGAAAAAUCUCUAGGGCCAACAAUUUUAAUCAGUGAACCUCUUGAGAACAUAGGAGAAGCAAGGCAUGAAAAUGAAGGAUUAAUAAACUCUGGACAAUCGCUAUGCUUUUCAAGUGAAAAGGAAUCUGAGAGCUCUGCUUCUGCUAGUCUUCCUAUCCAGGAAAGUCAAGUUCAAAGCAACGAAUCUUUGUUUUCAAAAUAUGCCAAUUCUAAAAUACCUUAUUUCCUCUUGUUUCUGAUAUUUCUUGUAACUAUCUACCACUAUGACUUAAUGAUUGGUCUGGGAUUCUACCUUUUUUCAUUGUACUGGCUGUCCUGGGGAGGGGGUAGAGAAAAAGAGUCUGUUAAAAAGAAGUAACCUCAGCACCAUUAUUUUUCUCUCUUAAAAGAUAAGCUAUUUAGCCCCCAACAUUUGGAUUGGUGAAAGAGACUAUUCAUUGUUCAAAGAUCCAGCAGUUUUUCUCUUGAAGGAUCAUUUAAAAAGGAAUGCGUAUGAAGUUUGCUCCUUCAUAUAAGUAAUUAUUCUAUAUAGGACCAUUAUGUUUGGAUCAUUAAAUACCUAUAUGAAUAUGAGAUCUGAAGCACGUCAAGUUGAAAUUAGGUACAGCUGUUGCUCUUUAGCAGGUUAUGAAGUUGCAAUGCUUCACGUCUCUUCACUAUUUAAAGUGCUAUUUCUUACAUCCAUUUCUUUUGCAGUAAAGCUUCAUUUUUUUUUCCUUGAGAGUAUAUUUCCCCCUACGGUUUUUAAAACAGAUAAAACAUGGACAAUAGCAGAGGAUUUUUUUGGUCGUUUAGUAUUGACCAUGAAAUUAGCACUUACCAGCACAUACUGAUAAAUCAAAUAUUUCAACUUCUAUUUCAUAUUUUUAAGAAAAUACCUAUGUAUAUUGAAAUCAGAAAACUUAAAGAAACACGUUCUGUUUGCUUUAUACAUACACCCUAUACCUUAUUGAUACCUACAAAGUCAGGGCAUUCAUAAGCCAAACCUGACAAAGACUGAAACAAUUGGGAGAUUAUCUUUCAAGUCUACAAAAUUUGUCGAUGGCCUGACUUUAAGCAAGGUUUUUCUCUUGUAAAAGGAGACUGUAACACAGCUGAACUAUUUCAAUAUCAACUAUUCAGAGUUGAAAAUGUAAAUUAAAAGUUCCACAAGCAUUGCUUCAGAAUAAAUUUGUACCUAUAAAGAA